AUGUCUACUGAAGGCAAGAUCCUUCCCAGAAAGCGCCUGAUUGUGUGCUGCGAUGGUACCUGGCAGACCGGGGACAAAACCUACGGAACCAGUCCAUCCAAUAUCGUCAAGCUGAGUCGCAUGAUUGGUCGACAGUCAGUGCCGGAAGGAAUCCCCCAAGUCGUCUACUACCAAUCCGGUGUCGGAACCGGUGACUUCGUGUCUGGUAUCUUUCAAGGCUCUUUCGGCUGGGGACUUGCGGACAACGUUGCCUCCGCGUACCACUAUUUAUCGGCCAAUUUCGAACAAGGAAAUGGGAAGGGCUCGCCUGAUGAGGAGGACUCAAAUCACAAAACGUAUUCGAAUGAUGAGAUCUUUCUGUUCGGUUUCUCCCGUGGAGCUUACACUGCUCGCGCGCUCGGGGGGCUGAUAACAGAAAUGGGCCUGCUUAAGCCGAAAUACUUGAAUGAUUUUCCAAGAGCGUAUGAGAUCUACAAGAAACUUGGCAAAAUGGCGGCCCCGAAAGAUCCUUCGGAAUCGCCUAUCAGCAGUCCGAUAUCACGCUAUGUAAGCGAGCUGACUACAGAUGAGCGAGAGUUCUGGAAUCAUCUGGCCUGUGACAAAGAGGACGGAAAAACAUUCCGUCACGUCAAAAUCAAAGCGAUUGGGGUUUGGGAUACCGUCGGUGCACUAGGGAUCCCGGAUAGCCCUUUGACUACCAUAUUUCCUCAGGUAAACGGGCGCUACCAGUUCCACAACACUUCUCUAAAUGGGGACAUUGAGAAUGCAUUCCAAGCACUUGCUCUGGAUGAGCGCCGGGGAGCGUUUCCUCCAACACUUUGGUAUCUUCCCAAUGAACACUCGAAGGAUGAAUUCUCGACAGAUGGGUCUUCGAAGAACAGUCCUUGCACCAAUCUGAAGCAAUGCUGGUUUCCCGGAUUUCACGAGUCUAUCGGAGGCGGCGGUGUGGGAAUUCAGUACUGGUUUCAGCAUUGGUUCCCGAAAUUGUCAACGAUAUUCAUGCCGGACACAUCGGAAAUGCACGAAGUGACGCUUGCCUGGAUGUGCGACCAAGUCGAUGGUCUACUUUCCUUCGACGAGGCCACUGUGGAGUACAUCCUUCUGAGGCAUGGCAAAAACCGACACAACUGGGCUUCCUGCAAAGAAUUCGACAUGAUGCAUAUCCUGUUCUUCUUCAGACUCAUCCUGUUUGGAGGAUCCCGCACAAGAAAACCGGGCCGAUACUAUCGAUCCGACGUCCAAACGAAUGAGUCAAUCCAUCCGUCGCAGGGGAAAGCAAAGUGGGUCCGAAAGGAAGUCCAGCCGGUGCUUCUGAAAGCGAGCCAAGACAGAGUCGAGCUUCCAGAAUGGAUCAUCCGUCAAUCCAGCGAGAAGAUCAAUUUCGAAGCCAAGAUACUUCCAAGUGAUCUUGAAGAGGAACCCCCCAGCGGAACACCGGGUGACAAUCCAGAGAACCAGCAGUACUGGACCCGGACCAUUUGGCCUCUGCCAAACCCCGUCAUCCGCCGCAACAUCAACAUGAGGCCCUACUGGAACGACCUUGAAGGAAUGUAA